AUGGGCUACUGCCAGGGUGUGAGCCAGGUCGCUGUUGUCCUGCUGAUGUUCCCCAAGGAGAAAGAGGCCUUCUUGGCACUGGCUCAGCUGCUGACCAGCAAAAACCUGCCAGACGCUGUGGAUGGACAGCUGCCCAUGGGGCCUCACAGCUGGGCCAGGAGCAGCCUGAGAUGCCCCGAAAUCUCCCCUCCCCGGAUGGCACACACCCUUCGCUCUGGGAUCAGGGCCCGCAGCAGUGUCCUCAGUGUCACUCAGGAGGGCCAUGCAGGGACCACGAGGACUCCAGGGAUCCAGGUCCAUGGGACCCAUCCCUGCGAGGUGGAGAGAAGGACAAGCUCCCGGCAGCUUUCACCCUCUCCUUUGUUCUGGGACCUGCGGCUGCCUAAGGAAUUCUCUGGCAAAAGACUGCUUCCUGGGUGUCAGGGGUCGGACACGGGGCGGGUGGCUCCAGAAACGACAUCAAGCAAGGUGGACCGGGGUGUCUCCACAGUGUGUGGGAAGCCUAAGGUGGUGGGGAAGAUCUACGGUGGCCAGGACGCAGCAGCUGGUCAGUGGCCAUGGCAGGCCAGCCUGCUGUAUCGGAGCUCGCACCUCUGUGGAGCUGUCCUCAUUGACUCUCGCUGGCUGGUGUCGACAGCCCACUGCUUUCUCAACAAAUCCCAGGCCCCGGAGAACUAUCAGGUUCUGUUGGGAAACACCCAACUGUAUCAUCAAACCCAGCACACCCAGAAGAUGUCUGUGCACCAGAUCAUCACCCAUCCAGACUUUGAGAAGCUCCACCCCUUUGGGAGUGACAUUGCCAUGUUGCAGCUGCGCCUGCCUGUGAACUUCACUUCCUACGUUGUCCCCGCCUGCCUCCCAUCCCAGGACAUGCAGCUGCCCAGUAACGUGUCCUGUUGGAUAACCGGCUGGGGAAUGCUCACCGAAGACCACCACAGAUGCCCUGUACAUACAGCUGUCCCCUCUAGGCUUCAAGCAGUGUGUUGUUCCGGGUGUAGAAGGCAGAGGGUGGGUUCACAUGCUAAUAGAUUCAGAUCCAUGAUUGCUGAGGGUCGGCUCAGGAGCUUGAUGCCUGGAGAUUUCUAUCUGGGUGAUUCCGGGGGGCCUCUAGUCUGCUACCUCCCCAGUGCCUGGGUCCUGGUUGGGCUGGCCAGCUGGGGCCUGGACUGCUGGCAUCCUGCCUACCCCAGCAUCUUCACCAGGGUCACCUACUUCACCAACUGGAUCGACGAAGUCAUGAGGCUCACCCCUCUUCCUGACCCCACGUUGGCUCCUCACACCCGCUCUCCACCCAAGCCUCUGAGGGCUGCUGGCCUGCCUGGGCCCUGCGCAGCCCUUGUGCUGCCACAGACCUGGCUCCUGCUGCCACUCACGCUCAGGGCCCCAUGGCAGACCCUGUGA